AGGUACCAGAUCGUCUGGAUCGACAGCGGGCACCGGGUCAUCUGGCGUUGGAUCGUCUGGCUCGACAGCGGGCAUCGGGUCACCAGGCAUGACAGCGGGCACUGGGUCAUCAGGUACCGGAUCGUCUGGAUCGACAGCGGGCAUCGAGUCAACUGGCCUAAUAGGAUCAUCGGGCUGGAUCAGUUCAUCAGGCUGGGUAGAAACAUCAGGCUGGGUAGAGACAUCAGGCUGGGUAGAGACAUCAGGCUGAAUGGAGGCAUCAGGCUUAAUGGAGGCAUCAGGCUUAAUGGAGGCAUCAGGCUGGGUAGAGGCAUCAGGCUGGGUAGAGGCAUCAGGCUGAAUUGUGGACGGCAGGCUGACCGGUUUGGAUACUGGCAGGAUGGUAUUGGUUGGAAAGAACUUUCACCUUUUCCUGGUUUUAGUUACCGGAGCACCGUAAGUAAGCGCAGGUUUGUAAACGGAUGGAGCAGCUGGAGACAGAGAAGAGCUGGAGGAUGGAACAGGGGAGGGAACAGUUGCUACAGAGGGCUUCUUUACAGGGUUAAAAGCAGGAUAGGUGCAGUGAGUGGGAACAGGGUACUGACAUGUGGUAGAUAGCAGGGUAUACUGGGCUGUAACUGGAGGUGCUGUUGGGAAUGCAGGAAUAGAGCUUUGAAGAAAUAGAUUAGAAGCAGGACUGGGUUUUUGCAAGCUGACUGAGGCUGGAUGUAACAAGUCUGUCCAUGUCUGCAGUAUGGGUUGAACAAAGCUCAGCUUACACAAAGCCUGUCUGACCAAAGACUGCACUGCGUUUAUACAAUCCCUUAAUACCUGUGGUGAACAUGCAGCAUAAUGCUCCAAGAAGCAAUCCACAUCAUCCUCUAAUAACCAUACCAGGGACUCUACCUGGUCUGCACUAAAUGGUGGCAAAAAGUCAUUCCUGCUUUCAGGGGUACCAGAUGAAGCCAACUCUACACAAACCUGAAUCAAAGGUUGCACCUCAGAGAACUCUGUGCCCUGAUCUACUAGAACAUGAGCGAUCCGUAUACAUUCUAGUAGUUGAUCCCGGGUAUACUCCUUCAGAGCCUGAUAAGCAUAUUCUCUGUCAUCAAAAACCAGCAGAGAUAAAUACACAACCUCAUCCAGAUCCAUCCUUCCCA